CCUAACUGGGCAUUUUUGCCAGCGUAAUACACCAGAAAAACACCAAUCUCCCUAUCGGCGGUCGAGUGUUGUCCCUUCUUCUUCCUCUUCAGCAUUCACUCUGCCCUUGGAGGUGAUUUUCUCCAGGGAGUAUUCCUCCUCCGAGGCAGGAUGAGCGUUUAUGCGUGCCACUACGAUUAUGCACCAAUUGGGUUAUUGGCCUAGUGAAUCCGACUUCGGCCAGAGGGAUAUGAAAACGGCCAACAUCUUCCUGACAAAAGAGGGCGUUGUUAAAGUUGGCGACUUUGGAAUCUCAAAGAUAAUGUCAACUGCUGAUAAAGGAGCGAAUACAGUGCUGGGAACGCCUUAUUAUAUAUCAGCCCCGAAAUGAAAAUGUCUACGGCUCCUCAACAAAGGAAGAUUUAUAAGUUCACUAUGGUGAAGGAUGUAGCGCUUCUAAAAGAGAUUGUAGCCAUCAACCCUUUCUCUGAACCGUCAAAGUGGAAAGAAGUGCUUCAGAACUUUAAUUUUUAUUUCACCGGGGAGGGACAAGAAAAAAAGGAUGCAACUGAAAGAGGCAUUGUCGAUCGAUUUGCUGUUCUCCUCACAAAAUUCAAGAAGGAUGAACUUACAUCUGUCAGAGUGAAACUGUCGAGGAGGAGGAAGCAGGUGAAAACUUACCUGAUAUUAGUCAUAAUCAGAGGCAGGCUGCAUCUGAAAGACCUCGUCCCCAAUCACGACCUCGCAUCCGACUUCAACUUCAUCGAAGUUGAAGAUCAAGAAGUGAUACCAGAAUUGAAGCACCAUUACAAGACAAUGGGCGUAGUGGGCCUGAAUUACCGGUAGACGAUUUCCUUCCUGAUCUUGGUGGAGAUGUUGAUGCACCUGAUUCUGAGGUGUCCACUCGGGCAUCUAUCCGCCAGGAAAGCUCUAUCCCCACUGCUACGACUUCUGGUCAGGCAUCUAGAUCUAGACGUCAAGCAAGCUCCCUCUUCACUGAUACUAAUAGUUCAACCAUGGACCUUGCUGCUAGCACUCCAGCUGGAGGCAAAGUAGUGCCGGAGAUGAGAGAUUUUGCCGGUGGCCCAGACAUAGAGAUGGAUGACACUGUCAUGAUAGCUGAACAGCACCAUCCAAGAACAGCAACAGAAAACAUUCGUGUUAUUCAAGAUAUUGAAUAUAUAGAAAGUAUGAUUGUAGAUGGUGAAAAGGCCAAUUGAAGAAGGGUUGCUCGCCUAAACCUCCAGAUUGCACACACUGAAAGGAGGGCAAGGAGAAGAACUAAGUCAGCUGACAGAAAAGAGGGUUGCAGAACUGGGCCUAGAACCAGAUGAGGAGGGAUGUAUCCAGGUGAAAUUUGUGUGCCCUGAAACGAAUUUAACGAGGCAAUUCCGGGAAACGGAUACUGUCCUGAGCUUGUUCUAUUUUGUUGAGGGAUCGACCAAGAUUCAGGGCUGUGAACUUAUGUUAGCUGGCGAAAAGCUGAAGCGGGAUCAACUCUCCCUGAAGGAGGUUGGGAGAACAUCAAACACCACACUGCACAUAAAAGAUGAUGAUGAUCGCCAAUUGUCUUCAGAUGUGGAAUCUUUGGAUGAUGAGGAAAUGGACAAAAAUGAAGAGGAGAUUGAAUCUACUGCUACUGGUUCAGUUUGCACAAAAACCUGUCUUGGAGAUCUACAAAGUGCAGCUAUGGAGAUAAAAACCUUCAUUCGAGUUGGUGUGGAGAAGAACAUGUUCAUCAGCCGUGAGUCGAUCUUAAACCUGAUGGACUAUUAUAGGAGUGAUGACCAACUGACUUUCCAUCGAAUCAAUGUGACGUUCGAAGGAGAAAACAUUGCAGAGGAUAUGGAUGGCUUGUCCCGAGAGAUGUUGACGUGUUUUCUGAAGGCUGCCCUCUCAAAGUAUUUUGAGGGGAGUGAUGCUAAGGGCCCAAAAGUGGACCAUGAUGUGAUGGACACUGAUGUUUUCUCCAUCAUUGGGAAAAUCAUCAGCCACGCUUACGUGUUGUUGGGGUACUUCCCAAUGAGCCUAUGCAAGGCAUCAUUGUGUGCCCUGUUUGACCCGAAUGUGGACUCGGAGAUGAUCACAAGUCCUUUCUUAAAGCUCUUGCCUCCUCUUGAGAGAGACUUAUGAAUGCAACACUCAAAGAUCCGAUCACGCUCAAGGUGAAUGCAAACAGAUUGCCAUGCAUGUCAAUAUUUCCCAUCGGCACUAAAUAAUAUUUUUUUCUUUUGCCAAAAGGAAGAGUAAAUGAUUUUCACCAAAAUGUGUUGCAACAAUGGUAAGAUAAUAGGAGAUGACAUGGUGUUUAACUCCCAUAUUCCCUUCAUAAUAUGGCUAAAAGUCAAAUAUGAGAGUUAAACACCAUGUAUAAUCUGCUUAUAUCUAAUUACUGUUGUAAAUCAUUUUGGUUAUGAUCAUUUACUUUUCCUUUUGACCAUGUGGACAAACAAACAAAGUGAUUUUUUAGUGCAAAUGACACAUUUAAACAUGUUAAAUGAGUAAAAAUGGGAGGAUUAACUUAAGAGAAAUGCAUGUAUACAAUGUAUGGGAAAAUGUACAUGAAAUGGAAAAAUGCAGUUUUCUCAAAAUUU